GGGCGCAGUGAGGCUGCUGCAGUGUGAGAACACUGUGUACUUCCGAGGAUCUGGCAGAUAAACAGAAAUAAACGGUGUGAAAUGGAGGGACUGAAACAACCACCGCUUUCUUUUUUCCAGCUGGAGAGGCAGGAGGAUCUAAAACCCUGAGCAAGCUCCAUGUGGGAGAGGAUUAAAGCCAUGAUCAUCUGCUGAGGCUCUGAAAGGUGGACAGGAUGGCUGAGGGUCCUGCAGGUGGUCCGUCUCCCUCCAUCACUCCAGUGCAGCAGAUGGUGGCGUCCAGUGCCGGAGCGUUACUGACCGCCCUCUUCGUAACACCGUUAGAUGUGGUGAAGAUCAGAUUGCAGUCCCAGCAGGCUCCAGUCUACAAAGCUUCACCAGUGGAGUCUCGUGUGUGGAAGAGAAAAUCUCAUCUCCCGAAGUGGAAGUGUUUCCUCUACUGUAAUGGACUGAUGGAUCACAUCUACGUCUGCCAGAACACGACGGCCUGCAGCGCCUGGUACAAAACACCCACUCAAUUCAGUGGGACCCUGGAUGCGUUUGUGAAAAUCACUCGCUCUGAAGGGCUGCGCUCUCUGUGGAGUGGCCUUCCUCCUACACUUGUGAUGGCGGUUCCCACCACAGUCAUCUACUUCACCUGCUAUGACCAGCUCAAGGACUUCCUGUGUUAUGGCCUCGGUUACCACAGCAACCACGUAUCUGUCAUUGCCGGGGGUCUGGCGAGACUGGGCGCGGUCACAGUGAUCACCCCGUUGGAGUUGGUGCGCACUAAGAUGCAGUCACGGCGUGUGUCGUACAGUGAGCUGCGAGUGUGUAUCAGAUCGGCCGUGGCUCAGAGCGGAGUGCUCUCGCUGUGGAGGGGGUGGGGACCCACUGUGCUCAGAGACGUCCCCUUCUCUGCCAUGUACUGGUUUAACUAUGAGCUGAUGAAAGCAGAGCUGUGUGAGAGAUACAGAACACCCCAGGCUUCUUUCACCAUCAGCUUCACUGCAGGAGCCAUUUCUGGAGCUAUCGCUGCGAUCACGACGCUGCCGUUCGACGUGGUGAAAACACGCAGGCAGAUCGAGCUGGGAGAAAUGGAGAUUCUCGGAGCUCCUCUGAAGAAGCCUUCUUCCACAUGGCUCACAAUGAAGAGUAUCUGGAAUGAAACCGGCUACCGAGGCCUGUUUGCUGGUUUCCUGCCGCGGGUGAUUAAAGUGGCUCCGGCGUGCGCCAUCAUGAUCAGCACGUACGAGUUCGGGAAGGCUUUCUUCCGCAAGCACAACGAGGAGCAGCGAGGUGGCUGAGACGUGCGGAGCAUCACCGCCGAGCUGCAUGAUCAUUUUCACCCAAACUGACCUGCCUUUAGCUCGGCCUUGGCAUGCGUCCUGUUCUUAUCUCCACAGGUUCUGGGCAGCAGGGCUGAGGCUCUCGGGUUCAGUUCAGUAACGCUGUGCAUGAGUUAUUUAUUUAUUUAUUUCCCUGAGACGAGAUUUACUGCAUUGCAGUAAGACUGCAGGACACUGGAACCUCACCAAGGCAUGCUGGGAAAACCGCUAUCCCCGCAUUUAUCUGCACGCAUGGGUACUCUGAGGGAAUAUUAUUCAGCCGAUGAAUUAAUGUGGGUUGUGAAAUGGUUCCUGGUUCCAUGUGGUCUUCAUGUAUGUCAUAUGAUGCCAGUCAAGUCUGAAAUAGCAGAUGAGUAGACAGUGUUCAUACACUGCCCCCUGGUGUUUAUACACUGCAACUACAGCAGAGAUUAAUCAGAAUCGCAUCGGGUUUAUGGAGAAAUAUGGUUGAAUAUUGAAGCACAAUGUGCCCUCAUCGAUUCCCCCUAAUGAUUUAGAAGUGCACAUCUGUUAGGUCACACCUAAAGCACAGCUGGAUCAUUUCCGCUGUCCUGUGAACGGAAAAAACAUCUAAAUUUAGAAUGUUACACAACAGCAUCUGUUUGAGAAAAACACAUUUGCUAUAAUUUGUCCAUUAUUGCUUCUCCAUACAUUUAUAAAGUUAUAAAUAACUUUAUCUGAUCGCACUGACUUCUGGGUAAUUCCCAUCCCUGAAGUCUGCAUGGAGGUUGUCUUGAUCCGUUAUCCUGUGUUCUUGUGCAUGUCUGACUUUAAAGGCACUCAUUUCCUGCCCUGGAAAUGUGUCAGUUCAGAAAGCUUUCUGGACAAGAAAAUCAGGAUGUUCUGUUUUUAAAAUAA